UGAGAUGCACAUCAAAAUAAAUCAAUACGUGACCUGUAUUCCGCGCGCGCGUCAUCCUCUGCUCGCGCGUCUGAUGCAGAGCCGAGCGUCGUCAUUUAUUCAAGCAUGAGAGGGAAAAAACAGCUCAGUUUCACAUCGUCCUGCCAAUUUCUGGGUCGAUUUGGAAGGCUUUAAAACUACAACUGGCUCCCAUUGUCAUCUCCAUCAACUAUAAUCAGUUUUAUGGAAUCCCGACCUGCUUUCCUUCAUCCUCCUGGAAAUAAUGAGCCCAAGGCAUGCAGGGAGUCCAAGCCCUCAAGCCAACACAGAAAGAGAAACCUCUCUCCUGGAACCAGGACAAGACUUGGAGACUCUCAUGGCAUUGAUGUAAAAGCUAAAGAACCGGAGAGAUCCACCUCAAGGGAAUCCACCGGCCAUAUAAAAACACUAAAACACACUGCAUUAGCCACCGUAGCCAUUCCAGCCGCACAUGCAUCGAAAAUACCCACCAUGCACUCAACGACAACCAAUCAGGUCACUGAGGGAAUAGCUAACACACUUGCUACGACUAAACCAGGAUUAAAACCGCCAACCAAAAUAGUUUCACCUGAAGUGGAGGUCUUAAGUUUAUCCGACCAAACUGGACCCACUGGGCCAAAACUGAGCCAUGAGAAAAAGCUGCAAGCGAGUGCGAAAACAUUUCUUAAAAGCAUGCAAAAAACUGCCUCAGCAUCUCAUAUCAUGGGCUCCACAGACUCCCAGCAAAAGAUGCUUAAACCGCCCCAGCAUGCAUCUCUCAAAGUGGACAUAACCGAGCGGAAUAGAGGACUUACAGGCAAAGAAGGACUGCUGUUGCGUUCUCCGAAAGAUAAAAUGAUUGACACAUUAGUGGAGAGCAAACUGCAACUGGGGACGGAAACGGCAAUGGGGGAGCGUCCUCGGGGACGAGAGAUAAAGAAAGGGAAUGAGAGAGGAGGAGAGGAAAGAGAGGAUGCUGUCCUUCAGGGACACGGUCUUAGAGGAAGUGAUGUCAUCAGGAUUAACUCCAAAGGGUGGGAAGAAACGUUGUCUCCGUCGUCACACCGAGCAACAAACCCCUCUAUCAAACAGCUAAGAGCGCAAGAAGAUAAGACUGACGCAUAUGUCACGACCCAAGAGAGACACGCAGGAAAGAGUCAGAGUCUGUGGGAGAAGAAGGGAAGGGAGGAAGCAGAGAGAGAGGAGAGGAAGAGCGAAGCUGAUACAAUGGCGACUGAGGUCAGGAAGGAUGCUAUAAUGAAUGAAAAGGACUUGAAGGAUGCGGGGACAAUGACAGCUGAAGGUUUCCCAGGCGCUGAAACGAAGGAUGUGGCACUGCAGGCGGAUCUGCAAGCGGUGUACGUUGACGUCGAGGUCCAGGCGGAUGUGGAGGUCUACAGCAGAUCCACAGACACAAGUCCAGUCCACGGUUCUCAACCCCACCAGUUUAACCCUGAGACUGACCUCAAUCCUAAAGUUGGCCUGCACAAUGAGCUCAACCCCGACAGGAGCUCAGACUCUGAUUGGCUGCCACUGGACCCCAAAUCAACAGGAGCCAAGUCUAGAUUUCUAGGUCCACUUCCUUUCAAGUCCUCCAAUAGCCAGAAAUCUCUUCAACACAUCUGUCAAAUAGAGAUUGAGCUUCGUAGCCAGUCUCCUCUAACUCUUGGUUCGGUUCCUCCUCAAGUAACCAUCAGUGAAUUUGACACAACCUGUCAAGUCUCGCCUGGGAUGUCGGAGGACUCUGGGAGAACAGCAGAGGUGGAAGGAGAAAAGGAGGAGAGCGGUGCACCUCAGGAGAUCAUUUGGGAUGAGCAGGGAAUGACGUGGGAAGUCUACGGAGCGUCAUUGGACAUGGAGUCCCUGGGAUUUGCCAUCCAGAACCACCUGCAGAGCAAGAUCCGUGAACACGAGCGGCGUAUCGGCACGCUCCGGAAGUCCAUAUGCCUCUCCGAACAAUCGUUCGGAAAGGACAGGACGGGAAAGAGAAAGAGGAGCAUCUUCAGAUCGCUGUUUGGCGGAUCAAAGUGCUGCUCGAAACCCAAACAGGAAGUGGAAAACUGA